GGUGCUGACCUUUCUGGAGCUUGGACGGCGAGCGGGGACUUUGGAGGUUGCCCGACAUGAAGGAGAGCGUGUCCCACCAGGCCCCGAAAGUAAUCAAAAAGCUCCAGUUCAGCCUCCUCAAUGCCCAGGACGUCGUCAAGGUCUCCGAGUUUGAAGUCACCCAUCGCGAUCUGUACACCGCGACUGACAGGGCACCCGUGAAGAAUGGCGUCCUGGAUCGGAGACUGGGUACAUCUGAGAAGAACGCGUAUUGCGAGACCUGCGGCCUGAACUCUGUGGACUGCGUCGGGCACUAUGCGUACAUCAAGCUCGUCCUGCCCGUAUUCCACAUUGGCUACUUUAAGCACACCAUCGGCAUCUUGCAAUGCAUAUGCAAGACCUGCGCCCGCGUUCUCCUCGAAGAGCCCGACCGGCGCACCUUCCUCAAACGCUUUCGACGACCCAACCUCGAGAACUACCAGCGGCAGGGCAUCACCAAGGCGCUCAACACCCUCGCGCGCAAGGCCGUGUACUGCCCGCACUGCGGCGCGACCAACGGCACCGUCAAGAAGGCCGGCGCGCUCAAGAUCAUCCACGACAAGUUCCGCGCGAAGAAGACCGCGGAGGAGAUGGAGCGCUGGAAGCGCACGUUCGCGCCCGCCGUCGAGGCGCAGAAGGAGCUCGGCGUGUAUGUGAGCCGCGCCGUGCACGAGGACUUGAACCCGCUCAAGGUGCUCGACUUGUUCAAGCGGAUAUCGGACGAGGACUGUGAAUUGCUCGGUCUACGUCCCGAGUUUGGCCGCCCCGAGGAGUACAUCUGGCAGUACAUCUCGGUACCCCCCGUGUGUAUCCGCCCUUCGGUUGCUCAGGACGGUGCUUCCAACGAGGACGACCUGACUGUCAAAUUAACCGAAAUAGUGUUCACGAAUGCACUGAUUAAGAAAGGUCUCACCACCGGAGCCCCGACUCCCCAGCUCAUGGAAUCAUGGGAAUUCCUCCAACUCUCCGUCGCAAUGUACAUCAACUCGGAGCUCCCAGGCGUUCCCUCCCAGCCCGGCCAACGCCCCAUCCGCGGGUUCUGCCAGCGGCUCAAGGGCAAACAGGGCCGCUUCCGUGGCAACCUCUCCGGCAAGCGCGUCGACUUCUCGGGACGCACCGUCAUCUCGCCCGACCCGAACCUGCGCAUCGACGAGGUCGCCGUGCCGGAGCGCGUCGCGAAGAUCCUCACGUACCCCGAGCGCGUCACGCAGCACAACCUCGAGACGCUCAGGAAGGCGGUGCGCAAUGGCUGCGAUGUGCACCCCGGCGCGAAUUAUGUUACUGCAGGGAAUAGUGGCUUCAAGAAGUUUUUGAAGUUUGGGAACCGUGCGGCGAUUGCGGAGCAGUUGAGGAUUGGGGAUGUGGUGGAGAGGCAUAUUGUGGAUGGGGAUAUUGUGCUGUUUAAUCGGCAGCCGAGUUUGCAUAGGUUGUCCAUUAUGAGUCAUCGAGUGAAGGUCAGGCCCUGGCGGUCGUUCCGUCUCAAUGAAUGUGUCUGUACACCAUACAACGCUGACUUUGACGGCGACGAAAUGAAUCUCCACGUACCUCAGACGGAAGAAGCGCGAACAGAAGCGCUCGAGCUCAUGAACGUCAAGUACGGCAUCGUCUCCCCGCGCAACGGCGAGCCCGUCAUCGCCGCCAUCCAGGACUUCAUCACCGCCUCCUGGCUCAUCUCCCGGCGCGACCAGUUCUUCGACCGCCGCCAAUUCACACAAAUAUGCUCCUACUUCGGCGACGCAAAUAUGCACAUCGACAUCCCACCGCCGACGAUCUGGAAGCCCGUGCGGCUGUGGACGGGCAAGCAGGUGUUCAACGUGCUCAUGCGGCCCAACAAGGAGUCGAAGAUCCUCGUGAACGUCGAGACGAAGUGCAAUAAGGAGGAGAAGACGAAGGCAAGCGUGUAUCCCAAAGGAAUGAAGCCUGCGAGUGAUCUUAGCCCGAAUGAUGGGUGGUUGGUCGUGGUGAACAGCGAGAUUAUGUGCGGGGUGAUGGAUAAGGCGACGCUGGGGAGCGGGAAGAAGAAAAGUAUAUUUGGAGUCAUUUUGAGGGAUUAUGGCCCACAUGAGGCGGCGUUGGCGAUGAAUAAGGUGGCCAAGCUUUGUGCGCGCUGGUUAGCAAAUUUUGGAUUUUCACUAGGUAUCAACGAUGUCAUGCCGGGACCUGUCCUCUCUCAGAAGAAGGAUACUUUGGUCGAGAAGGCCUAUGCGAACUGUCUGGACUUGAUCGCUCUCGCCAAGAAGGGAAAGCUGGAAAAUAAGCCGGGAUGUAACCAGGAACAGACCCUCGAGGCUAUGAUCUCUGCUGUUCUUUCCAAAGUCCGUGACGAGUGUGGUGAAACUUGCAUGAGGGAGCUCAGCCGGCACAAUGCACCGCUUAUCAUGGCUACCUGUGGUUCCAAAGGCUCCGUCAUUAAUGUCUCCCAAAUGGUGGCUUGUGUCGGUCAACAGAUUAUUUCCGGUCAUCGUGUACCCGAUGGUUUUCAGGACCGUUCCCUCCCCCAUUUCCCCAAAAAGUCAAGGGAGCCGCCGUCAAAAGGUUUCGUACGGAACAGUUUCUAUACCGGCUUGUCGCCUACGGAGUUCUUGUUCCACGCUAUCUCGGGAAGAGAAGGUUUGGUUGACACUGCAGUCAAGACUGCAGAGACUGGUUACAUGCAACGGCGACUCAUGAAGGCCCUGGAAGACCUCGCCACGCAUUACGACUUGUCGGUACGAAAUGCGACGGGCGGCAUGGUGCAGUUCACGUACGGAGAUGACGGCCUUGACCCAGGCUGCCUGGAAGGCGACGCCCAACCAGUUGACUUGGUGCGGGCGUGGAGCCACGCAUCCACUAUAUCCUCUAGAGCAGGCCGUGGUCUACUGCCUUUUGAAAUCCUGGAGAUGGUAGAUGCUGAGUUGUCGCAGAAACGUUAUAUUAGCGAGAGCACCGCGGCCUUCCGUGCCACGGUUCGCGGCUUUGUUAGGGAGCAUAUUGUUGAGAAAUUGGCGGAGAUACGUAAGAGCCGUGGGAUGUUUGAAGCCCUCGAGCGAGAGGAGGAAUGGGACGCUGAUACGGACUUGUCCCUCGGAGCUUCUGAGGCUGACAAGGCUAUCGUCGACAACAAGGCGAAGGUGACCGAAGCCCAGAUCAAGACUUUCAUGGACCUCUGCUGGAUCAAGUACGUCAAAGCUAAGAUUGAACCUGGCUCGACCGUUGGUGCCGUCGGCGCGCAAUCCAUUGGUGAACCCGGUACUCAGAUGACUCUGAAAACUUUCCAUUUCGCCGGUGUUGCUUCCAUGAACGUCACACUUGGUGUCCCUCGUAUUAAGGAAAUUAUCAAUGCUGCGAAGUUGAUCAGUACUCCCAUCAUCAGCUGUAAGCUUGUGACCAGCGAUAGUGAAGCUUCGGCACGUAUCGUCAAGGGCCGCCUAGAGAAGACUUUGCUGGGUGAUAUUGCGUCAGUCAUCGAAGAGGCUUGGGCACCUGAGUACACCUACAUCGGUAUCAUUAUCGACGGUGAUGCCAUUCAGAAGCUACAGCUGGAAGUCACGCUCGAUGACAUUAAAUGGGCCAUUGUCGGUGCAAAGAAAUUGAAGGUCAAACAGGAGUCCAUCACUGUGAUCCCAAGGAAGAACCGACUACGCAUAUAUGUCGACGGCCCUGACAAGUAUUAUCGCCUGCGUGAUCUGAAGCGAGUAUUGCCUGAUGUCGUCGUAAAGGGGGUUCCGAGUAUACAACGUGCGGUCAUCAAUAUCAAGGAUAAGGACGAUGCUAAAGGGCAGAAGGGUGACCGAGAAUUGCUUGUUGAAGGCUACGGUCUUCAAAAAGUGAUGACUACCGAGGGUAUCGUCGGUGAAUAUACCACUUCGAACCACAUCAUUGAAGUCGGCGCCGUGUUGGGUAUCGAGGCUGCACGGCGUACCAUCAUCAACGAAAUCCAAUACACAAUGGCCUCCCACGGCAUGAACAUCGACCCACGUCACAUUAUGCUGCUGGGCGAUGUCAUGACAUAUAAGGGCGAGGUCUUGGGCAUCACUCGUUUCGGUGUGGCAAAGAUGAAAGACAGCGUGCUCAUGUUGGCUUCCUUUGAGAAGACGACGGACCAUCUGUUCGAUGCUUCUGCCUUUGGGAAGACGGAUGAUAUUUCCGGCGUUUCAGAAAGUAUCAUUAUGGGUAACCCUGCUGCGAACUGCGGGACCUCACUGCCUGCCUUGAUAUCUCCUAUUCCUAGGAUCAGUAAACCAAGGAAGCUGUUAUUCGAGGGCGCCUUAUAACAAAGGCUGCAUUCUUGUUUACUUGGGUCGUCGGACGGUUGUAUCUCCUAAUGACCUCGCUAUGUGCAUGUUCGAUUACGUUGUAUCACUACUAUAACGAAAGAAAAAGUGUAUUGUAU